CGUUAUCGAGAGAGGGCUCACUUGACAGCCGUUCGACGAGAGAGGGCUGGCUGGACAACAGUAUGUUCUCAGCUUCUCUCUUGCUGUGUUUUCUUGGAGCUCUUUGCAUCGUUGGGGCAGAGAAUGACGUCUGUGUGCCAAGUAUUCAGACAGAAUGCUUUAACACAUCCGACUAUGAGGAUUCUUCUGGUAUGGUCCGUAUCACGAUGCUACACGGUAAGGAGCUGAACAUCAACGUCAACGGCCUCUCUGGUUCUCCUGUCUGCAGCUGGAUCAGAGGAAAUCAAACAAUAAUGACCUCGGACAAGACUCACUUCAUGGUGAUGCCAGAUUCAGGCCAGUACACUCUGACUUGUUCUGGUCACAAUAUGACCAUUUUCUCAAAGACUGUGGUCCUUCAUGUUCUGCAAAAACGUCCCACCAAACCACAAUUGCUGCUGACUAACGUGAAUGCACGAAACAGAUUUCCCCAAUUUUUGUGCAUUUCUGAAGAUAUUUCCAAGCCAGAACUUGAAUGGUCAAAAGGCAACAAAGGUGAAAUUGUUGCUGGUGAAAAGGCAAUGAGCACAGUGUCAACAACUCACUAUGAGGACAAGGAAGUGAUGUGUUGUGCAACCAACACACAAGGACAAGAAUGCACACAACUGUAUGACUAUGACUUCAAUGAAAAGGAAAUUGUCUCUAAUGUGACCCUGAGCCCCGGAGACAGCUUACUGCUUUGCUGCAAAAUUAAGAACUCGAACAAUUAUCCUGCUUGGAGGAAAGACGGGGAACAACUGAACCUGAACUCAUUACAAUGCCAAAAGGACCAAAUCAAAGAGAUGUGCCUGUUAAAUGAUAGGCAUAAUUGGCAGCGGUCCUACCUGUCCAUCCCAAAAGUUAGUGAGAAGCACAGUGGCACCUACACCUGCAGCUUGAACGGCAGGAACAAAUCUUUUCAUGUCCAGGUUUUGGCUGAAGGCUUCAUUUCUGCUCAGCUGGAUGAACGUCUGGACGUGUUAGCUGAGAAAAAAACUGGUGUUUGUUUGGAAGCAAAGCUUUCCUACCACCCUGCACUCCAGCUUUGCUCUUGGCAGGAUCCCGAUGGGAAUGUUUAUAAAUGCACAGAGACUUGGGCAACAAAGCACAGGACUGUGAAAUUUUGUAAUCUCCAAAAAUCGGGAAUCUAUAAGUUAUUUCUUGAAGCUGCAGGAAAAAAGGAAACAAAAGAGAUCAAAGUUUGUGUUGCAGACAAACCAGAAUUCAGACUCGAUAGAAGUGAUUAUUCCCUCACCUAUAUGGUUGAAAGUGUCCCACCACUAAACUUCACAUGGCUAUCCUGCGAAUCUUCUAAUGACAGCUGUAAAUCAAACUCAUCCUGGGAGGUGGUUGAAGAAGGCUAUGAAGAACACCCUGAGGAACUGUGUGUCACAAAAAUUAAGAAGUCAUUGAACGGACACAAGGCGGCAGGACCGCUUGUAAAGUUUUGCGUGACAAACUUGCUUAAAAGUUGGUGUGACCAGACGUAUGGGUUGCAGUUGCCAGCUCCUCCCCAAGCAUCUACAGGCUUUCUCCAUCCUGAUAACAGCUACAUUAUGCCGUUAAAAGUUGGAAUUGGCGUUCUGCUCCUGGCUUUAGCCAUUGUUGUAAUGUUGCUCAUCUUCUUAGUCAAAAAGAAGAAACAGCAGUACCGGCCUCAACUACAGAUGAUCUAGAUGGUUGCCCAUACGGAAAAAAACUAUAUAUAACUUAUAAGAAAUUAACAUGACCUGCAGUGUGUUUCACAUAUAUGAGCAUCUUCUAAGACUUAUAAGUCCUUUAUAUGAUAAAAUCCUGAAAGUGGCCUAUUUCUGGUUCUUUUCAUACAUGACAUUAACCAAAAAUGUGUAUGUAUCAUAUAGAAAUCGUCUAUGUGGAAUAUAAUAAAUAUAAAAGGCAACUAUGUUAUCUAUUAAUAUGUCAUAUAAUAGUCAUAGUUUUUUCUUACAUGUCCUUUUCCCAAACAUAUACUUUUUAUACAUGAAAAUAAAACGUUAAAUGUAAGUUUUCUGCAAGUAAAAUGUAUAUUCUUUACGGGGAAAUUAUACUUUCUUUAUAUGUUGUUUUUACUUUUAUUAUAUGUCAUCUACAGCACAGCUCUCGGGUGAUGUUCAAUGUCAGUAUAUUGUAGCAAACUGUAAAAACUUUUAUUUCCAUUUUGUCAUUUUCUUUUAUUGCAACUUUAUAGAUUUUUAAUCACAAUUUAUUCAAGCCUAUGAUUGUGCUUUUUCAGAAUGUACUUUAUACAUAUUUUAUAAGCUUUUAAUGUUUUUAAAAAUCUAUCCAAUUUUUUUUGAAGAGCUUCAAACAGCUGAUUGCAAUAAAGUUCAUGUAUUCUUGCA